GUAUCUGUGGAUUUGAUCAUGGUGGAUUUUAAGGGCUCUUAAGAGGGUUCCCUUCAAUUUCUUUUUCUGCGGGAGACUAGGGUAUAACGACGGAAUUGGGUUCUCUAGGACCGAUAAAGGAGAUUACAGCUUUCUGAUAUGUAUGCUUGUUUGAUGGUUGUUAAUGAGAGUUCAAUCAUCUGAGCGAAGUGAUUCAGAUUUUGUCCCGUUGUUAAUCGUCUGUGAUUCUGUCUAUAUUGGAUUUGUGUUUGAAUCGUUCAGAUUUUCUGGUAUUUUGGAUUGAUUCUCUUCCGGGUUUCUGCCAAUCUCCUUGUUUUGCAUGGUGACCAGUUUGGAGGAGUUGGUGGUUUUUCCUCUACAUUAGACUUUAGAAUCUGAAGAGGUUUACACUUAAAUCUGUGCGAUUAUCCAAAGGCUUGAUUUGGUGCCUGAAAUGUCACACAUUUUUGCUGUUUUGAGAAAUUGAGAGGUGGACUUGAUUUUAGAGUACCAAUUUUGGGACAGACAGGUCCGUGGCGGUUGGUAGGAGGAGAUGGAAGAAGAGAUCAUACCUGUGGUGGAGAGGGAUGGGUUGCAUUUGGGAAAUAAGACCACUUCCGAUGAUCCCUUUUGUGCAGAAAUGGGAACCGAAGAAAAUGGAAUCGGAAAUUCCAAGGACAACGGAGAAGCAAUUUUAUCAGAGAAGGGCGAGGGAAGUAACGUCGUUUUCUCAAGAGAGGCUCCGCUUUUGAGCAAAGAUCCUAUAAUAUCUGGUGGUUGUAGUUGCAGUCCAAAAAAGCUCAAGUCGAGGAUUGUGGCCGCAGAUUUUGAGCUUCGCAAGAAGGAAAAGAAUGGGCAGGAUAAGAAGCUCAGUAGGCAAGACAGGAUUGAGUUGGGUCGUAUGUUUCAGGGUGCAGUGAGCUCUCACGAUUGGGAGCUUGCAGAAAGUCUGAUUCUGUUGGCAGAUCCACAGACUCUUAAUGACGCCUUGUGCAUCUCUUUGGAUUCGAUAUGGUUCUUGAGCACGGAGCAAGAGCUACAUGGCAUAACUGGAUUGAUCAAGAAGAUCAUUGCCAAUGGUGCUUAUGACUUCACAAGGGCAGCGCUUAGGACUUCAUUUCUUGCCUCCUGUGUUUCUGCAUGUCAGAGCCGGACAAUGAGUUUAGCAGAUACGGUAACUGUCAUGGCCCAAAGGUUGCAUGAGCGGCUCCAGGAAUGCAACGGGGAUGAGGUUUUGAAGGCAGAAGCUGGUGCUAAGGUCCAGAAAUUUACAGAAUGGGCUUUGAAAUGUAUAGGCUUCCAUUCCCGUUGCCAGGGGAAUAGGGAUAAAGUCAGUCACAGCUCAGCUGUUGAGAUCCAACUCCAAUUGUCAGCAUUCAAGACAUUUCUGGAUCUUGCUGGUAAUCAGCUUACUGGAAAGGACUUCACUGAGGCUUUCGAUGCAGCGUGCUUUCCCCUCACCCUAUUCUCUAGCUCAUUUGACCCUGGUUGGGCAUCGGGAAUAUCAGCAACUGCAAUCCAGGGGCUGCUUGGGAUGUUGGUAGAAGGGGGUGCUGAUAAUGUCAACCAGUGCUUUCUUGAAGCCUCCCGUUUUGGGAGUACUGAGCUUGUUCGCAUCUUAUUGCAGGUAACUUCAAGGUUCCUCAUUGUAGGGGGUUGCAUCCUAUUUCUCUUCCUUGUAUAUAGAAAUAUUAGAGAUAAAUGGUGACUAUGAAAGUAAAGUAGGAAUUUGUUCUUACAAUUA